AGGUUUGCCCCUCCACUCGCUACUAACCAAGGAGAUUUGUAACUCAAUUGCACUAACUCCGGACACUUUGUACGCACCAAGUAAUAAAUGGUUAUUCGUCACUCGUCGAGAUUACUGGACGUGUCCGUUCUGUUUUCAUUAAGGGAAAAUCGGCCGGUACCUGCUAAAGCUAUCUUUUUUCCCUCGCUACGCUAAAUGAGUGAUGGGCAAAGUUUGGAAACUGUUGCGAUUUUGCGCUGAUCGGAAAGGACACGAUCGCGAUGGCUUCUGGAAUUUAUGUCCGUUUCUACGAUUCUACGAGUAAAAAGGCACGAGUAGAACGAUUCGGUGGCGGCGAGAGAGGAGACGGCGCGUGCUGUCUCGCGGGACUUUCGGUCGCGCCAAUCUUCUCCGUGAUUGAAAGGAAAGCCAACCCAAGGAUCUCGAUAUUCGCUUAUCCUACACUGCGAAGAAUCGGUCAGUGCGCCGGAAGUCAAGAAGCGAAUGGCUACUUGUGUUGCGUGUUCGCUGGCACCGAAUACCUGCUCGGUCAAGCAACUUUCCCAGACUUUUGCCUGACGGUUUGGCAAUGGAAAACCGGUGAACGACUGACAAAAAUCAACGGGACAGAUAUGACGAUGUUUGACAUCGAUCGCACGAGACUCGUAUGCUCGACCGAUUCGGCCCACCUGGUAGCACGAUUUAUGCCAUCCACCGGCACCCUUUCAGUGUACCGCGUAUUGACUUGCUCGAAUACCGUUCGACUCUUUCCGAUGGAAUUUCACUCGGAGCGCACUGCAGUUUCCUGUUCCUGGUCCACCGACGGAACUUUGCUCUGUUGUGACGAAAGCGGCACCGUUUGGUCCGUCGAUUUCGAGCAGCAAGUGGACCCUGGCGUUCGAACAAUCGUCCGACCUCUUGACGAAGAUGAUAGAACGAUUUCAUCGCGAAGAAACCCCACGUUGGUGGGUCACGGCGAUGGCACGUUGGUCGUCGAUGGCGCGACGCACGGUCGCGAGGUUCGAGCAACGUUUUACAGGAAACUUUGGAAAGAUCAAAACGAAGAAUGGCGCCCGGCUUGGACGAUUUCGCUACCGUCGUACCCGAAACACGCAGAAAGCGAUCCAAGUCAAGAUAGAAUCUUAAUGCUUGGGAAGGACGGCGAUCUCUUUGAGAUAAUCGGUCUGCUGCAUCAUUGUCCCCCUCGCCUCGAGUUUCUACUACGAGAUGACACGGGUUAUGCAAAUAUAGCUGCGUUACAUGGCCCAUAUUUAGGAGCUUUAGACCAAACUGGUCGUCUGGCGAUCAUUGACGUUGCAACUGGUGAACUUGCCGCAGCAACUAUACAGUUAACACAUCACGGCAAAGUUGCUGAUUUCAUCUCGCAUCCCGUGUUACCGAUUCUGGUAAGCUGCAGCGUCACGGGAAACUGCCUUUUCAUCGAAUCGUAUCCUACGAUACCUGUCCGAAAGCAUUGCGUUCAUCUUCAACGAGAAGCUUUGGAUCGCGUCAAAUUUUCUAACAGAGGUCAUUUGCUGGGCGUUGCCUCGUCUAAAAUCGGGCGCCUGUUCCUUUUAUCGAUAAACGUCGUCGAACUUGAAGAACGUGAUUAUAGGAUGUCAGCCAGCAAAGUCGCGGCCUGGUUGAAUCUUGGGCGAAAGGUGAUCGAUUUUUUGAUCUACGAAAUGGACCAAGAUCGCGCGAAAGCGUUACUUCUAGUUACAAACAUCGAAUCGAGCGACUCUCGAGCUGGGGACGAGAUCAUCGUGUACUCGUGUCGACUCUUCGAUCGAGAUGUCUACGUCGAAAACGCGGAUUGCUCGAUAAAACUUUUGUCUUCCUUCGAGCACCUCCACUAUGGAAAAGAAUCGAGCUACGAAAUAAUUGGUGUCCCAUAUCUCACGAAACAGUUGCAUCGGCUAGAGUUAAAGGACGAUUUCCAAAACGCCUUACUCUCGGAAGCUCUACCAUCGCUGCACCAAACCAGAAGCAUCACCAUCGCCAUUCAUUACACGAAAUCUGGCGAAUCCCCGAGUCUGUUCACCUGCGGAUUCGAUGGACUAAUCGUGUGGAGAGACUGCACCGAGCUUCGACGAGUAUUCGCCCUGUUCGCCGCGCACCAUCGUUCCGAAGGUGGUGUUCGACGCACAAUCCUCUUCGACAAUGUGGUCGUUUCUUUGGGUAGAAACGGCGAUCUGGUCGCUAAUAGAUUACCAAACCGGAUGGUCGAACCGGAGGAUAAUCGAGGUUCGAGGUCAACCGAAUCCUAUUGUUGGACUACACUCGACGACCGCUUGAAAACGAGAAAAAGCAAACAGGUGGAUGCGACAGAGAACGAGGAGAUCGAAGGGACGGAGACGUGGAUGGAUAUGGUGAAUCGCCAGCGGUCGAUGGCCGAGGAGAAACAAGCUCUAGCGACUCGUCUCUCUCUUCUCGAUGAUUGGAACAAGCUGAAACACCGGGUAAAGACAUUGCUCGACUCGAACGAGACAGCACCACCAAACGCUCGACUGCCGAUUUCUGCGUUCGAUCUCGAUCAACGUGGUAGAGAGCUCGCAUUAGCAGCGGCCAGGUCAAUGGAAAUCGAAUUGACGAAGAAAGCCGAGGAAAAAAUCUCGCACCUGAAUCGAUCGAUACUCUACUUGCGCGAACGAUUUCUAGAUCCAUUGAUCGUCCGACCGAGGAGCAUCUUUUCCUUGUUCGGUGAAUCGAAGGUCACCAAUUAUCCUCUCGAUAAAUUCGUACCUCGGGAGCAGUCGUAUAUUCCGCCUUGGUGUCAAUUUUCGAGAAGAAUGAGAGAACUUGUGUCUAGAUUGGAGGGCGAAGAAAAUUCACGAACGACCAACGUCGAGAACCCACGGUUUCGUUGCCACGGUUUUGUAGACGUGCUUGAGACGUGUAUUAUCGCGGAUCACCAAGAGCGCGAGUUAAAAGUAAAGUUCAACGAACUGUUUGAAAAGACACGAUCAACGAAGCAAAGGGAGAUGCGAGCGGCGAACGAACGCUCCAAGGAAAUGCGUCGGCUCGUUCUCGAGCUGAAGACUGUGUUUCACGUGGAUGCGAGUGCGAAACUCUUCGAGCCUCCACAGUGGCAUCCAAAGGAAAUAAUCGAGGACGAAUUCGAACGAGACGCGAAAACGAUUGACGAUGCACGAUUAAAUGGACCCGAAAGAAACAACGAGAAUGAGAAGAACUUGGUUGAAGACGAAAUAGAGGUGGAAACGAAAGUCAACGAUUUUCGUGAACAGAUGCUCGACAGGAUGAUGGACGGUGUAUUAGAAGUUAGAUUGGAACACAAUGCAAAGAGAAGCAUUCCGAAACCCGACUGUCUCACCCGGAAAGAUGCAGCUAGUUACACAGAGGAGGACAUUCGGGCAAUCGAAUCGUACGAGGAGAAAAUUCGCGCUAGAGAAGUCGAUCGGCAGAAGUACAAGUCGAUGCUGGAGGCCGAGAUCGAAAGGAUCAGCGGAGAAUUUUCGAACAGUGUAAAAUCUUUCGACGACGAAUUGAACGAACUAUCCAAAGAAAAGAUACAAAUCGAACGAUCGAUACUGUCACAGAGAUUGAGCAAAAUGCAGGCGAUCCUACAUCAUCGAAAAAUCGUUCAGAAAAGACAGCAGAUACGACGGACUAUCGAGUUGGAACUUAUACCCGCGACGAAGGAGGCUGAUACACUUACCGAAGAACGAGAUUUGUUCGAGGCAGGUGUCGCGGAACUAAAAGUCAGCUAUGAGAAGGCGCGUAAACGAGAUAAACAGCUGGAGACAAAGUUUCGUUCGGAGUUUGCCGAAUUAAAACCAUCGGUGCCGGAGCACCUGUUCCGACAAUACCGCAAAAGACCGAGAUUAUUAACCGCGCAUGGACCCUGCGGUACGUCGGCUACGUUUCUCACUGAACUCGCUGUUUGUAUCAUUGAACAGAGAAACUCUGAUGUUUUGCCUCGAGAAUGUUCAAGCUAUCUUCGAGCUAUGAAUGAAUUAGACAGAUUACCGGAAGGACUGAAGAACGGAUUAGAGCCGGACUAUUGGCACCUUCUUUGCCGUCUUAGGAGACUCAAGGUAGAAGCGGAGAUUAAGGUGAAAAGCUGCGCGAUCGAGUUGGCGGAAGCUGAACAGUGCUUGACUUUUCUACGAAACGCGUGCUGUAUUAAGCGAGACAAAGUGUACAAGUGCAAAAUAAAAAUGAAACAAUUGAAAGAGCAUAUGAAGAAUUUCAUGGAGGACGAAGAAGUCAUGUUGAUUCUCAAAAUGAGUCAACUUUGUUUAGAAUCAAAUGACAGUUCAGAUGAUGAGAGGGACGCACCGAGGAAGAUGCACGGAGAUCGGAUGUAUGAGAAAGAAAAAGGGGUUGAAAGAAAGAGAUCGCUCACCUCGCAAGAACUCCAGAUUAAAUAUGACAUCGAUUCGUAUCAAGUAAGGCACCAUGAAUGCGAUAACAGGAUGCAGGAUGUGCAGGAGUACGAAGAAAAUGGAGAACCGAUGGAGUUGUGCAGAAACGUUGACGAAGAUUUCGAGUUUUUCGAUAGCGAAACGUCGUUCACCGAACCUAAGAGGACUCAUGACUUUAUAACACACAACGGAGCCAAGUUGGAAGAGAACAAGAAAGAGACUAAAAUCUGGAAACGAAGAUACAUCAAGUCGACGAAGAAGGUGAACCAAUUGUUACGUCGGAAGAAAAAUCAGAUUAUGGAAUUAGAAAAUUCGCAUUUAUGCUCCUAUCAUGUGCAAAAAUGCAGAGUGCAAGUAAUAAAACAAACAUAUACAACGCAAAUAUUUGGAAGUAGGAGAGGUAUUAAAUAAGACGGGAGAGGGUUUAGCUGAACUGAGGAUAAAGGAGAGAAGAGCAAACGACAGGAAGGAUGCACAACAAAGAGACUAUAAAACUCAAAGAUGCAAUGAUUUUUAGUUAUUAGUGGUUAAUUUGUAGUUCCUAGUUUUAGUUUUUAGAGAAUAGAAUAAUCUGGAAUGAUCUCAGAAUAACUAAGGAAGUGGAGUAGAAUAGAAUGGAAAAUGGAAUAGGUGGUAGGAGUGGAGUA